AUGAAUGCCGACAUUGCUCUAAUGCCUGAAAUGUGGAAUAUUGGUUAUUCAUCUCUAUUUCCUGGUUAUAAUGCAUCACAUGAACAACCAGUUCGAGACUGGCUCGAAUUAGCCGUCGAUCGAUCUUCUUCGUACAUCGCACAUUUUCGAGCUUUAGCACUUGAAUUGAAUAUGGCUAUCGGAGUAACAUAUCUUGAAAAGCAUGCGAAUGGAACAUUACCACCAAAAAAUUCUUUAACUCUGAUUGAUCGAUUGGGUCGAGAAAUUUUGCAUUACUCAAAAGUACACACUUGUGAUUGGACUGCACUUGAAGCACUCACCUAUCCUGGAAACAAAUUCUAUGUAGCUACUCUAACUACGGUUAUGAAUGUUUCUCUUCAAGUUGGAGUUAUGAUUUGUUAUGAUCGAGAACAGCCCGAAUCUGCGCGUAUUCUCAUGUUACAAGGAGCUGAAUUGAUCCUUAUUCCAAACGCUUGUUUCCUUGAUCCUAUUCGUCUUGCCGAAUUACAAGUUCGAGCAUUUGAAAAUGCUCUCGUCACUGCUAUGGUAAAUUAUCCAGCUCCACUCUACAAUGGAUGGUCAAGUGGAUAUGAUGUGGACGGACAUCUAUUAAAUACUACAAAUGAUCAGUCCGGAAUAGUGAUGAUUACAUUCAAUAUGACACGUACCCGAGAAUAUCGGAUGACGACUAUUUUUGGCGAUGCUUUUCGACGACCUCAACGUUACGGAGACUUGAUUAAAUUCGAGAAGAUGUCAGACUUUAAAGCUACUAACUUUUACGGACGAAAUCGUCUUUUUUAG